AUGUCUCCCCGGCGGGGAGGGGGCUGCCUUGGAGACGCGCUGAGCAGUCCCCCCCGGCGGCCCCCCCGCAGUAGCAGCAGCAGCGGCAGCAGCCCCGGCAGCAGUAGCAGCGGCCCCCGCGGCGCCCCGCCUCCGCCCCCGGCCCCGGCGGCGGUGGCGGCCUGGAGGAGCCGCCCCCCAGCCGCCGAUCCCCGAGCCUCGCAGCCCCCGCCGCCCCGCAGCCGCGGAGAGAGCGGCGGGCGCCCCCCGGGGAAGAUGAAGGCGGAGGGGGCAGAUAACUCCAUGAUCAACCUGUCGGUGCAGCAGGUCCUGAGUCUCUGGGCCCACGGGACGGUGCUGAGGAACCUAACGGAGAUGUGGUACUGGAUUUUUCUGUGGGCUCUCUUCUCUUCUCUCUUUGUCCAUGGUGCUGCAGGAGUGUUGAUGUUUGUCAUGCUACAGAGACAUAGGCAGGGAAGAGUCAUCUCUGUCAUUGUGGUCAGCAUCGGAUUUCUGGCUUCCAUAACAGGAGCAAUGAUAACCAGUGCAGCAGUAGCUGGCAUUUAUAGAGUAGCAGGGAAAAACAUGGCUCCCUUGGAAGCAUUGGUGUUAGGGGUUGGACAGACUGUACUGACAUUAAUCAUCUCCUUUUCAAGGAUCCUUGCAACACUUUAAACUUCUCAAUCGAUUUAAGGAAAUGCACGUGCAGAUUCCCUGAAAGUAGUUCCAGUGGCAAGUGGAUAAGAAAUUGUGAGAAUGUGAAUUGUGCCCUUCCCGUGUAGAGGCCUUGAGCUGUGGGGAAAGACUGCCCUCUAGUGUCCAAGAUGUGGCACUACUUACUGCAUCGCACCUUACGUGCCUCUGUCCCAGGCAAGGUGCAGCUGUUCCACUGGAUGUGAAGGAAGCUACAAGAAAACAGCACCUUGUUUAGCUGCCAAUCAGGGUAACAUGGGUGAUGAUCAUUAUUCUUAACAGUGUUGUGAUAAAGUACAGGGACAUUUCUGAAGAACUGAUAUGUGCCAAACUUGAAUUUUUUUUUAAACAUUGAUCAUGUGGAUGAUUUGCAAGUGUAGAAGUAGGCUCGCUGUGAACAUAUUUCACAUGAAUUCAGGUAAAAUAGUAAGACUAACUUUUCUAAUACUAAAUCCCAGUAAGAAUGCUGAAUACCCAUUCAAUAUGGGUACAUAUUACUUGAUUUUUAAUAUUGAGCAUUACAGAGAUGUAGGGAUCUAGUAUAACUGUUUAGGAAUAAUUGUGAUUUGCGCUAAUUUAUGUGAAGAAUUACUUCAUGGAAAGGUCUAAACCAUUUUGGAGACUCAUAAAGUAGAUCUGUGUGGUACAACUUUCACUAUCUGAAAUAAAGCUCUUUUACAGGUUUUCCCUCACAAAUAUAUAUACAUACAUAUCCUUUCCAUUUAUAUUCAGAAGUUGGAGACUUUGUUAGUCAGACAAGGAUUAUAGUUCGUGUAUGCACAAAAAUAUAAUUUGAACUAUUUCUUAUAAAUUUUGUACAAAAUCUGAAAUGCAUGUUGCAUACCUUAACCCUUCUAAAGAAUUUGCUAUGUAUCUCAUAGGAAAGCUUUUCUUUCCUAAUAUUGCAGUGGGAUUACACCUUGUUGCAGUUAAAUCUUGAUUUUUAACAACAUUUUAAAGUUUUUCAUUCAAAAGCAUUAACUGUAAAACAUGGCCUAAAUUAGGCAGUGGGGGAAAAAAGAUCUCAUUGUAGAUGAGUAAAGACUACAGGUGUUUGGGGGCGGGGGGCUGGGAAUCAUGUUUGGACUAUAUGGCAGCAUCGUAAUUCUGCUGAAUACAGUUUUUGAAAUAUAGUUUACCAAUAAUAGGAUUGGAAAAUUGUGUGAUUUCUGUCUGCUUAACCCAUUAUUGAAUUGAGCUUGGACUUUCAGUGUGACUAUCAGGUGUUUUAAGAUUUGUUUUUUUCAAGUUCAAGGAUUAAGGUGGUAUGCAUGUGAAACAUGUCUUUACUGUAAAGCAAUUUAAAAGGCUUUAGAAUUUAAGUGAUUGUUUAUAGGGGGUUAGAAAAUAAGGAAAACAGGGAGGUGACAGAGCUUAAAUCUGCCUCCUACUGAAAUGUUUUAUACCAUUUACACUUCUGGAUGACUGAUAAUUUGUGCUAGUGGAAAGAGAGGUGAAUUACAGGCAAUACAAAAUAAUAGACAAUCUCCCAAAUUAUUUAUGUAUUGUAGUGUAGCCAUAAUUUAGUUCAAAUUGGGUAUUAAGCUUACUACAAAUUCCAUUCAAGACUUUGAAAAAAUGUUCUUUAUUCUAUCCCUCCUCAAAACUUAAGUCAUCAAAAAUCUGAGCAGAAAGAAAAUAAAAAUAGAAAUUUAAUAACUUAUGUGAAUAAAAGAGUUGUUGAGUGUAGAAAUGUGUUAACCCUGUAGUUUAGGAAUCUGUAGAAUUGAAACAUAUGAGUCUGACCUAUAAAUAGAAAUACUUCAGCAUAAUAGUAAAUGUAAAUUUAUUUUGAUAGAUUUUUAGAGCUAUAAAGGAAUUUAAUGAUCAUCUAGGCAAACCCCAAUUAUUAUAGAUGAAAAAGCAAAGUGACUUGUUCUUGGUUUCAAUUACCAUUAGUGAUAAAGCCAGAACUAACCCGUCUUUUUACUCCCAGUCCAGUGUACCCUGCUGCCUCCUGUUAUAUUUCCCACCCCUCUCCUCUCUUUUUGCAGGUCAAUGACUUGCCCAAGGUCACAUAGCUAGUAAGUGUCAAGUGUCUGAGGCCAGAUUUGAACUCAGGUCCUCCUGAAUCCAGGGCCAGUGCUUUUUCCACUGCACCACCUAGCUGCCCUGUAUUCUCUUAAUUAUAGAGAUGUGGCCUUUUAGGCACAUUAACCUAAAAUAAUUUUUCUAAGUCCAUUAGAAAAGGUAUUUUUUUUCUCUUUAAGAUAGGAUAUAUUUUCUUUAUAUUUGUUAUUCUAAAAAUGAAUGAAAAAGGUCCCUGUUUUUAGUAGAUAUAACCAGUGACAUUUUGAAGUUUUUUUGAAAACUAUAACACUGAAAAUUAACUUGUUUUAAUGCAUUUUCACUUUUAAUUUAAAGAUGAUCACGUUGUAACAUGCUCAUCAAGGGCUUAUGCUCUAUAAUAAAAACAUUGACAUAGUUGAAUUUAUGAAACAGACCAAAGAGGUUUUCAAAUUCCUGUUUUCAUUGUUGUGUAGAUAUAUAAUUGGAUAUGUUCAGUGUAUAGGGAUAUUGUGGUCAUCUUAUUACCAAGAUGUCUUAGGUGUGCUUUCCCCCCAUUUUGAGUUAUGUUUAUUUUGCUAUAUCAUCAGUUGUGAUUUCUACUGUGAUUUUUGUGAAGUGUAUGCUUAGUGUUUUUUAAAGCAGAUGAUUUGGAUCAGUUUGUUACUUCUUCAGAUAGCCAUUUCUCUGUGGUGACAGUUUUUAGUUUAGUUAGUCUCCCAUAGAAGUUUUCAUAUGUUAUAUAAACAAUUAAGGCUGCUAUAAUUGAGAAGUUGUUUGAAAAUUGCUUCUUAAGCACAGGAGCAUGUUCUAGUGGAUUAUUUGACUAGUGAACCAGAUGAGUUAAAUCAUUCAGGAUUGCAUGAAUAUAGUUGAAAUGUUUAUACUUUGAAAACAUUUCCUGCAUUUGUUGUGGCAAGAGAUUGUUUUCAUGAUAGAGCAAAAACAUCCUUAUUUUUUCAGGAUCACAUCUUCAUUUUCCUAAAGCUGACUGUGUUUCCCUUAUUCCCGGUCCUCAGAGAUCCUCCAGUUUGAAUUGUAUUUCUUGCACCUUGCACUCCCUUUUCACAAAUAUUUGGGAAAUGUUGUUUACUUCAAAGAGUUAAUCUAAUCAGUUAAUGAAUACUGAGUGUUAAAUGAGUCCUUCUUUUGUCCCACAGACAAAACUCAUUGUAUAAACUACAAAUUGUUCAGUUUAUUGUUGUCCAUUAGGGCUGAUGCUCAAGUUAACUGAAUAGUUUUAAAUAAGUUACCCCUUAGGAAGGUUCUUUUUGGUUAUCAGUGAUAAGGAAAAGCCAAAGGGUUUGUGACAGUUAUUUUUUUUGUAUACGUUUUGGCAGACACUAUUCUAGUUCAUUAAUUUUUCUUUAUCCCAGUAACUUAUUCUUCAAGUGUCCAGGACAGUGUAAAGAAAGGGAUAUGCUACUCUAUUUUUAAGUCAAAAUCUACUUUAUUAGCGUUUUCUUCAUGAUUUAAAGUGAGGAUUAAGGAAGUUAAACAAUUUGUAUAAACAAUUUCAUAGAGUUGUGAGGAUAAAGUGAGAUGAUUUAUAUAAAGCACUUUGCAAAGAAGUGAUAUGUAACUGCUAGCCAUAAUUGUUACUUUAAUUUGAAAAGAAAGGAAGUAGGAUGAUUUGUUAACUAAUACAUUCUUUUAAAAAGUGUAAGUCUAUUGAAAAUAUAAGAAGAUAGUUCUGAGUUCAAAAAUGAUGUGGGUGAUAUGUUGAAACCUCUAUCCCUUUUGUCUCCAAUUUCUAAUUUUUCCAAUUUAUCCAGUAUCAAAUAUAAUUCCUCAUUUAUCAUAAGUGAGAUAGAGGCAUUGCCAAGAAUUAAUAGUUGUUCAUAAUUUCCAAGAAAUACCAUUUGGAUUUGUUACAACUUUUCCAAAUUUACUCAUUUCCUUUUUUCCUUUUGGCAUAUUUCUUCCACAAGCAUCUUGAGAAUUUUUUUUGCAUCCUUCUAUUCUCUCCUCUAAUACCACUUUGAAGGACCCAUCAUUAUCAGCAGAUUCUUAAGUAGAAUGCACUUCUCUUUUUUUUAGGAUAGACAAAAGGUGAAAUAAGGGUUGUCUACUGGCUGGAGUGGAAAGAUGGUAUAACUAGUUAACCUUCAGCCCUACCAUCCCCUCCAGGGUACUUCUCAUACUUUUAUUUCUGUGUCUCUGUUGCCUUCCUUCCUUCUCUUCAAUGAAGGUACUGGGCUUUUAUAAAAGCACCUUAGUAUAAACUGUCAAUUAUGAAGUAAGAAAUGAAUAGUGAAUUGGGGGAAUAUGAACUACCUCCUUUUUCCUGAAUUAAAGUCCUAAGCUUGACACUUGAAAGGAAGUAGAUAUUUUUGCACAUACGUGUAAAUGUUUUUUUUUAAUUAAGUACUAAAAUUAAACACAAUUUUGCAAAUUUCUUUUGCUUUGCUUGUUGACUUAUCUUAUUCAAAGCAGUAUUUUGCCAUAAGCUGCAAAGAACUGAUGAAAAAUGUUGAGAGAACUAUAGCCCAAAUAACUGUGACACUUAAUUACCAUUUAACUGUGGGUGAGUAAAUCCAUGUUUAAUACAAGGGAGUAAGAAUUUUAGGCUGAAUGAAAACUAUUGACAGUAGCAAUGAACCAGGACCCACAUGUUCUCAGAAUCCUCCCUCUCAAAUCCUUAGCUCCCUAAUAUUUUAGAGUAAAAUUGAGGGGAAAGGAAGAAAUUAUGUGAGUAAAUACACUACAAUAAAGAUUUUCAAAUAUUUUGUACCGUUUUAUAGCAAAAGGAAUCAUGUUGUUUUUCUUUGUGUGUUAUACUUAUGCUCCUAAUAUAUUGUAUAUCAAGUUAAAUUUUAUUCAUCCUCAUCAGAGAGUCAGUUACUAAAGAUGUGGACUGAGAUCAUAGACUUUUAAAAUGUAAGCAAUGGUAGGGAUCUGAGAUUAUCUAGGCCUACUUUAUAAUGCUGUAAAAAAUUACAUUUUCCUUUGAUGGUCUCUAUUUGUAAGGAAUGCAAUAUUUUUAUUAUGGUCAAGAUUGAAUAUUGACACUGAUUAAAUUACUUGAUCUAUCAUCAACUUCCUAUUGGGGAAUGGUAUUUAAUUUUUGUAAUGUUUCCUUCCACUAUAACUUAUUAGGUAUGCCAAUAAAUUUUCCAUUAAUUUAGUGGAAACACUAAGGUUGAUUAAUAUUUUUCUUUUGCCCUGAAAUUAAGGAACUCACUUUCCUAUUUUUAUAAGUUUACACAGGUACAGCUUUUACACUCCGAGGAUAUUGUGUCAAUUUUGUUAUUAUUUUUAAAUCCCCUAAGCUGGAAAUUUUGUUUUAAUUUAAUUAUAAGUAAUUGUACAUAUCACAUAUAGUUUUGUUUAUGACCUUGGUUUAGAAGAAUAUAUUCUAAAUAGCCUUAGGGUUAUAUAUCUUUUGUUUUUAGGGCAAAACAAAUACUGUAGGAAAGUCAAAUGUGUGAACCAUUUAUAUGUAUGUGUUUUUAAAAAAACCCUAUAUUCUUUAUGUCAAAAUGAUUUCAAUUCUUUUCAGGAAAUAUGUACGUAAAUGAAGUUAAGAAUGUGACACCUAAGCAUAGAGCUACUACUCAUAAUUUGAAAUCAUCUAAAUCCCUUAAUUGUUAUGCCUUUCAUUGCAUUAUUUUAGAUUAUUUUUUCCAAAUUAUUACUUUAUAUUGG